GAAUUGAUUUUGAUUUGAUGUUGAUUUGAUAUGUUGUGCGUAUUUAAAAAUUUAAAUUACUACUUUGCUUUCAAAGAAAAUGAAAAUGUUUACUUCGCUUUAGUAUUUUUCCAGAGCUAGUAAAAUUUACUUAACUGAUCAUUACGAUGGACUUUUACCUGCGUUACAUUGAUAUUACAACAAAUUAUUACUUUCUCAUAGGUGGCUUUUUCUUAAGUUAUUUGAUUUAUAAAAUAGUUUUUUCAUUCGUAAGUGGUAAUAAUUUUAUGCAAACAAUAUAUAGCCGAGGCCGGUAUGGGCAUACUUGGAGAAGUAUUGAAUGUAACAAAUCUUUGCCGUAUAAUAUUUACUGUAGUGUUUGCAGUGAACUAAUGUUGCCUGUGGUUGGACUUUUUUGUGAGUGCUGCGCAUUAAGUGCAUGCAAAAAAUGUAAUAGGAUUUUGGAUAAAAAGUUUAGAUGCAAGCAAAUAUCAUGGCCAAGUGACAAACCAUUUUAUCAUCAUUGGGUUGAUAUUGGCACAACAACUGGAAAAGAUGAAGGCCAGAAUGAGAGUUUAAAAAAGUUAUUUUGCUCCUGGUGUCAAAGAACUAAAAUUAUUAAAGACAAUUUGCUUAAUGAUACUGAGCAAUGUGACUUUAGCAAGUACAGGAAAUUAAUAAUUCCUCCGGCUUGUGUUCAACUGCAUAGAGGAACUAUAAGCAAUAUUAAACCACCUCCCGAUGAUGACUGGGAACCUCUCAUUGUACUAGCGAACCGAAAAUCUGGAAGUAGUAGAAGUGAUGAAGUAAUAUCAAUAUUCCGUGGUCUCCUUAAUCCAAUACAGGUUGUGGAUAUAAGUUCAAUUUCUCCAGAAAAAGUCAUAAAAUGGCUGCCAAACAGAUGUCGUUUGUUGAUCGCUGGUGGCGACGGUACAGUGGCCUGGGUACUCAAUGCCUUAAAACCUGCUACUCAUAUCAGUGCGUCAGUGGGUAUUCUCCCGAUGGGCACUGGCAAUGAUCUAUCGCGAGUGCUGGGCUGGGGCGCCGGCUUGCCGCUGCCGCCGCUGCAGGCGCUCGUCGCACUCAACAUACCCUCCUGGGGCGCGGGCGUGCAUCUAUGGAAUAUGGGUAAUGAGGGAGAGAUGCCUGAGCAAAGCGUGAGUGAUGGAAAACUAGAGGUGGUUGGUAUUUCAUCGUCGUUUCAUAUCGCGAGGCUGCAGGUGGGACUUGCGGAGCCCUACCGCUUCACACAAACAUCACGGCUUAAGAUCGAGUUAUCAGGUUCCUGCGCGAUGCAGGUGGACGGCGAGCCGUGGAUGCAGUCCGCGGCCACCAUCACUAUAGAGCCCGACGGCCAGUGCUGCAUGCUGCGCGCGCCGCACCACUACGCAGACACUGCCUAAUGUACCAACUCUACCGUAAGUACACAAACAUUGAUCUCUAUAAAUGGAUUGGACAAUUGUGUCUAUUUGAUUUUCAUUUUGUUGAAUUUUAGAACUAAUAAUAGAUACUGGACUGUUUAUAACAAUCAAAACAUUUACUUGGAUGAAAGCAAAUGAUGUCAUUUCCAAAUAAUUACCUGUCUAUUUAUACAUGUGUAACUCGGCCCUGAACUGUCAAAAAUCAGCUUCAUACAUAUGUAAAUCGGCUCUGAACUUUCAAAAAUCGGCUUUAUACAUGUGUAAAUCAGCUCUGAACUGUCAAAAAUCAGCUUUAUACAUUUGUAAAUCAGCUCUGAACUGUCAAAAAUCAGCUUUAUACAUUUGUAAAUGAGCUCUGAACUGUCAAAAAUCAGCUUUAUACAUUUGUAAAUGAGCUCUGAACUGUCAAAAAUCAGCUUUAUACAUUUGUAAAUCAGCUCUGAACUGACAAAAAUCGGCUUCAUACAUUUGUAAAUCAGCUCAGAGAGCCAACUGUCAAAAGUCAGCUCAUAAAGUCUUGAAACAUUGAGCGGCUCUACAAAAUUAGCAGCUCACAGCUAUGUACUAUUGGAGCUGAGCUUGGAACUGUAAAAUAGUAAAUAAUACUAUAUGUGUAUAAAUUG